UCCGGACUCCAGCUGACUCUCGCUGCCCAGGCUCCGCUCGAGGGUGGGGGAGGCAGUGGAGGGACCUUGCCGGGACUAAACCCAGAGCCCAGAGGAGAGGCAGGUGUGGAGGUGUGCUACCUGGAUCAUGAGGUCAUUCCUCUGCUGGCUCCUCCCACUCCUCCUCAUCCUGGCCUCAGGGGCCCAAGGCCAGUCAACGAGACGACCACCGAGACCCAGGACCAGGCCGAAACCCAAACCCAGGCCCACGCCCAGCCUUCUUCAGACCCAGGAACCAUCAGAGCCCACAGACCUGCCCCCUCCCCUGCCCCCGGGCCCGCCCUCUAUCUUCCCUGACUGCCCCCGGGAAUGCUACUGCCCCUACGACUUCCCGUCUGCCCUCUACUGUGACAGCCGCAACCUCCGAAAGGUGCCCGUCAUCCCGUCUCGCAUCCAUUACCUCUAUCUCCAGAACAACUUCAUCUCCGAGCUCCCGGUGGAGUCCUUCAAGAACGCCUCGGGCCUAAGGUGGAUCAACCUGGACAACAACCGAAUCCGCAAGAUAGACCAGAGGGUGCUGGAGAAGCUCCCCAGCCUGGUGUUCCUCUACAUGGACAAGAACCAGCUGGAAGAGGUGCCCUCGGCCCUGCCCCGGAACCUGGAGCAGCUGCGGCUGAGCCAGAACCAGAUCUCCCGGAUCCCGCCCGGCGUCUUCAGCCAGCUGGAGAAGCUGCUACUCCUGGACCUCCACAAUAACAAGCUGAGUGACGGCGUCUUCAAGCCCGACACCUUCCGGGGCCUCAAAAACCUCAUGCAGCUCAACCUGGCCCACAACAUCCUGAGGAAAAUGCCCCCCAAGGUCCCCACAGCCAUCCACCAGCUCUACCUGGACAGCAACAAGAUCGAGACCAUCCCGAACGGCUACUUCAAGGGCUUCCCCAACCUCGCCUUCAUUCGGCUUAACUACAACAAGUUGUCGGACAGGGGGCUCCCCAAGAAUUCCUUCAACCUCUCCAACCUGCUCGUGCUCCACUUGGCCCACAACAAGAUCAGCAGCGUGCCCGCCAUAAACAACCGGCUGGAGCACCUGUACCUCAACAACAACAGUAUUGAGAAAAUCAACGGGACCCAGAUUUGCCCCAACGACUUACUCGCCUUCCACGACUUCUCCUCCGAUCUGGACAACGUGCCCCACCUCCGCUACCUGCGGCUGGACGGGAACUACCUGAAGCCGCCCAUCCCGCUGGACCUCAUGAUGUGUUUCCGCCUGCUGCAGUCCGUGGUCAUCUAGGCCUCCCGUGCCCCUGGGCUUUCUCUGGCUGCCCUUGAAUGCCGAGGGCCCAGGCGUCUGCGCCCACCGACUGUUGCCUCUGUCUCCCUUUCUUUCCUUUCCUCCCAUCCCCGCUUCCUGAGGCGCGACAAGCCCCAGCCUCCGCGCCUGCAGCCGCUGCAACAAGACAUCCGAGGCCUGCCUUGGCGCCAUCCAGCUCAAAGACACCACUGUGCACCCAGACUUCUACCUGCCCCCCCCACCCCCAGCACAGAUGUGUGUCUCAAGACAUCAUGUCCCCUACUCUGUCCUCCCACAUCACUCCAGGUCCCCAAGUGACAUCUGGAUUGGUCCUAGCCACAGCCAGCAGCGCCACCCAGAGGUGAGGGCUGGAAAGACCUGCUGGAGACUCCACUGUGGGUAGCUCAGGCCUAAGAGACUAAGAAGCCCAGGCCCCCUCCACCAAGGAUCCUGUCUUCCAAAACUGCCCCCCACCACCCUGUUUCCUGGCACCAGACAUCAGUCACCAGACUCUCUGCUGUUCUGUGUUCUCCAGAAAGGAAGUGCCUAGGGAGAGGGCUGGGAAGAGGGUUGGGAUGCCCACAGGGCCUGCAUCUGUCUUCACAGGCAUGAGCUGGAACCCCCCCUCUCCCUCCUUCUCCAGGGAACACAGCAAAUGCACUCUGGCUGGGCCUCUCUGUUCCAAGAGAUGGAGCAGGGAGGGACAACCAAGAACUGGUUUAAGGACCUGGGAGUCAGCCAGAGGGGACAAGUGGGACACAGAGCCUCAGGAGACAGCCCAUGUGGGCGUGGGGGUCCUGCCACUCCCAGGGCACUCUGGGCAAGCGGCCUAAGACCCUGAGGAACCAGUGUACUAGACGUAGGGUACACAGCGCCAGCCACCCCAUCUGCUCUCUCAGUGUGGCUGGGCCCACCCUUUCCGUCCCCAGAGCAGACCCUGGGAAUGACACAAGAAGGGGAGGCGCAUCUGGAAAUCUCCCAGAAGCCUCUCCCGCUUGUGCACUGGGCUCCCCCUAGAAGACAGACACAUCAGUGACACCUGGUGGCUGGUACAGGUCACGGCAGACUCCUGCCGGCUCUGGGGUGGUUUUCCAAGGUCACAGUGCUGGUCUCAGGUUCCAGCUUAAAAACCAUGGUGAUGCUCAUGGUCUCUGUCUCCUCUGGGGCAUAAAGGGCACCAAGGUACAGAGGCCUGAGACCGGGCUGAUCACCAUCAUGAGGAACAAAAGAGGGUUCCGGGGACCCCAGGUGAGGAGGAUGCAGUUUGCUGUGUAAGCUUGCAGGUCCCUCUCAGCAGCUCCCAACUCCCAUAUCUGUAAAAGAAGGGGGGCAUAGGAUGCUGCUCCCAGGACCCCACCAUGCUCAUGUUCCCGUCUGUGGCUUCUCCCUUCGACCAGACCAGUCCCACACAGUAUCUCCUUCCCUUGCAGUAAUUUAUUCCCUCCCUCAAAGACCCCCCCUCCCCACUGGCCAGGGAAUGGCAUGGCAGGCCACCUAGUAGAGCCGGGUCCACAGCCUCUACUCUCCGGAAUGUUCUAGAGUGAGUGAGACAAACGCUCAUCUUCAAGCCAGAGUGAGAAACGUUCAAGGGCGGGGGGUGGGGUGUUGGAAAGUUAGGUUAAGCUAGGUCCCUCACUUCAGGAAACUCCCAUUAUACUUUCUCAACUUUCUCUCGUGCUGAUGAACAGAAAUGUUUCAGCACGGCUCCUUCCGGUCCCCAUACAACUGCCUCAAUUUUCCGAGCUGCUGCUGGUUUCUCCAGGGCUCCUGCUUGAAGUCCGUAUAUUGCUGUGGCUGGGAGUGACCUGGUGCUAGGGCCUGGGUGAGCGCCGUUUCUGUGCCUUCCUCAUUCCUCCCACCCUCAGCCUCUCUGAUGAGGCCCUCGGGGGAGCCUGGCCCUGUGGCUCCCCAGAUGGGAGGGGCCGCCCCCUGCCCCCAAAACCUGAACUGUCCAUGCAGUGGUGACGGUCACCAUCACCCCCAUUGCUGCCUCCUAUCUCCUCCAAGGCCCUCUGCAGCUGGGAGCCAGAGGGGAUUUACAGCACCCCCUGCCCAGUGGGGUCAAGUUUACUCUCUCGGGGCUCUGGGCGCCUACACACAGGUGCAUAAGUAGGUGUGUACGUGUUCCCUGACUUAUAGCCAUUCUUUCCUCAAGACCACGUUACUCUGUGAAAAGCUCUCACAUUCCAACAUGCUUCGCAGCAGAGGAAAUAAAGUACUAAA